AUGGCUACCGUACAACCGCUCGAACUCUUAGUGACUUUACGCAUCCAGGCCGACUGCUACAGAAUAAUUCUGCCUCGCGCCUGGAAUGUGGGGAGACCGGCGCACGGAGAUGUCGUGGGAGGUGUGUCCGUGGUACUGGUCCAGACUAAUAUCACAAAGUUAACCGCGCGUGUCAUACACGCGGCUGGCUACCACUUGCACCACGUCGAACAUCUAUCCAUUAUGGACGCACCAAACUUGGAGCACAUCGUUGUUGAAGAUCUGAGCAAGAUGCCUAAUCUUAAGUCAUUAUUCAUAACGCAGGCGCCGCGUCUACACCGCGUGCCCACGUUGCCCUCACUGCCAGAGCUGCGCACUUUCAUAAUCACAACAUCAGGACUGGUGGAGGUGCCCAAUCUGAGUCACGUGCACGACACCAACAAAGUGAACACCUCUCUACCUUACUUACAAGCCAUUGAUUUGGAAGGCAACCACAUCAAGCGGAUUCCUCCGCACGCGCUGCGUGUCCGCGCUGACCAAGUUUCAUUGAAUUACAACUUAAUAGAAGAAGUACCUGCGCACGCGUUUAAGAACGCACAAAUAUCAAAAUUGAGUUUCCGCGGCAACUCCAAACUGAAACGGUUGAACGAUUUAGCAUUCGCUGGAAACCUUUUAUUACGACAGUUAGAUCUCAGCAGUACCGCCAUAACUUCUCUUCCCACCAAAGGUCUAGAGAAAUUAGAAACAUUAAGAAUAGAAAAAACUCCUUCUCUUAAAUACAUUCCAUCUAUUUACGAAUUUCAGCAUCUAGAAAAGGCGUUUCUUACUCAUCACUUCCAUUGCUGCGCGUUCGCGUUCCCCGAGCGGCACAAUCCUGCGCGACACGCAUUGUAUGAGACGCAAAAGGCUAUAAUGGCGCAGAAAUGCCAGCAAAUGUCUGCAUCAAAAAGGCGACGGCGGUCAUCGAACUCUUCCAAAGUAUAUAAAUUUGGCGUCGAAAAUGCUCAAGAGACUGUUAUCGACGAUGCGACCACUAGUGAGGAGUACGAUCUGGGUAGCGAGGAGUACUCCUCCGACACGGGCAGCUUCGAGGACGAAAUGCAGGGAGACUUCCAUGAACUGGUCAAUGACACGCUCUCGCACGGCGUGGCUUACUUCGCGGCUUGCGGUAAUUUCAGCUUGAGCCGGCGCAAGGUAGAAUGCACACCACUACCAGAUGCCCUGAACCCUUGCGAAGACGUGAUGGGAUGGUCGUGGCUGCGAGCCAGCGUGUGGCUGGUGAUCGCGGCCGCCGUGGUCGGCAACGUGGCCGUGUUGCUAGUGCUGGUCACCAACCACGCCGAGCUCACCGUGCCAAGGUUCCUCAUGUGCCACCUCGCCUUUUCCGAUCUUUGCACCGGAGUCUACCUCCUCAUGAUUGCGGUUGUCGACCUCAGGUCGUACGGGGAAUUCUUCAACUACGCGUACAGCUGGCAGUACGGCGUCGGAUGCAAGAUAGCCGGCUUUCUUUCCGUUUUUUCCGGGCAACUCUCUGUCUUCACCUUGACGAUCGUUACCCUGGAGCGAUGGUUUGCGAUCACAUACGCUAUUUACUUGGAGAGGCGAAUCUCGUUGGCCGCUGCAGCGAAGAUAAUGUUCGGGGGAUGGCUGUUCUCUCUCUUUAUGGCGAGCUUACCCCUGGCCGGCGUGUCCGACUACUCCUCGACGUCCAUCUGCCAGCCGGUGGAGAGCGUCAGCGUGGGGGACGCUGUGUACCAGGGCUCCUUGUUCCUCACCAAUGCCAUAGCAUGGGUGACAAUAGUCGUGUGCUACGUGCAGAUAUACAGGUCUUUAGGCGGAGGAGGCGAAAGUUAUGGAGGAAGAGGCGCGGCGGCGGCGGCCGAACGUCGGAUAGCGAAUAAAAUGGCAUUGUUAAUAGGAACAGAUUUACUCUGCUGGGCACCGGUCGCUUUCUUUGGCGUCACAGCCCUAGCAGGGGUUCCUCUCGUCGAUGUUAGCCAUGGAAAGGUUUUGUUAGUAUUUUUCUACCCAUUGAACGCUUGUGCGAAUCCAUUCCUGUACGCUAUCUUAACGAAACAGUACCGUCGGGAUCUUAUAACACUGAUCGCGCGCACGGGCAAGUGCAACUGGCUGAUAGAGAAGUACAAGCUGGCGGCCACCCCGCCCCCCACCGCGCAGACCAACCCCUCCGCCCCCGCGCCACUCAUGCCACUCAUAGAUUACAACAGGUCACAGUCACAAGUCAGCAAAGAGAAUGGAGAAGUUGUGCUUUAA